AUGACUAGUUUGUCUAGAAGAUUUUAUACUUUCUUGUGUAACUAGUCUUAUAUUCUACAAAAAUAUGAUUAUAACAUUAAAUAUUAUUUUUGUAAAUAAUGUUCACUAAUUUUUAUAACAUACCUCUAAUGUGGAAGAUUAAUAAUUUACAACAUAAAAAAUUGUUUGAAAUUGCAUCUGAUAAUAAAGAUUAUGAUGAACAAAGUGAAAAUGAAAUGAUACAACCUGCAGAUUUAAUGAAUUUUAAUCUUUAUACAGAAGAUGAAAGUAGAUAUAAACCAUUACAUUCAUAUGUAGAAAAUUAUAAUAAACACAAUGAAGCUAUGAAUAAAUUACAACAUCCAAAUAUAUUUUUCCAUUUAAAAUCAAAUAUAUGGGAAAACUCUAAUAUAGAAAAUGAUGACACACCAUUUAUUGCUGGUUUUAAGGAAAAUCUUGAUAAAGUAUAAUAAAAGAUAAAAGUUCAAAAUUCAUAUAAGAAAUUAUUUAAAAAAAAAUAUGACAAUGAACAAAAUAAUUCUUCCUUUUGGAAAACAACUAAUAUUGUUACUAAUAUUGAUGAAAAAAAGAGGAACUCAAUUUCUCUAAAUAGUAUGUUUGAAGAAGAUAAGGAUGCUGAUAGUACAGAGCCAGGUGAAGAAGCUUAUGAUUAUGAUCAAUUCAAAAAAGAAUAUGAAGAGCAAAUAAAAAAAUUUAAUGAAACCCUAAAUAUUACUGAAGAAGAAGAACACACAAUGAAAGCAUUACAAAAAUUAGUUGAUUUUAAAAAUUGCACAGAAGAAAGUAAAAAAUUUAAUAUUACAUUAAUGGAUUGUUUAAUGUAUAAUUAUGAACAGCAAAAAGAUAAACCUAUUAUUAAAAAAACAUUACAAAAAAUAUGGCUAAUUAUUAAAAUUUGGUUUCUAAUAUAUAUAUGUCUUGCAAUUCCUUUAUGGUGUCAGAAAGGAUGGUGUUGUUGUUGUUUCCCUUUUAAAUUUUGUUUUCCAAAAAAAAGAAUAUUAUUUGCGGAACAAUUUUAUGCAAAUAACCCACCUGGUGUGUACAAAAGAGACCCAAAAAAAGAAGAACUUAUUACAUAUGAACCUACUGAAUUUGAAGAAGAUAUGUAUGAAAAAUUAGAAGCUGCAAUAAGAAAUAUAUGAGUGUAUAUUUAGAUUUACCUCUAUAAUAUUUUCUGCUUUUAUAUAAUCAUUUUUCCAUAAACAUCGAAUAAUUAAGCUUUCUUUAGUUGCCAGCAUAAAAUUUAUAAAUAAUGGUUUAUGAAUGAUAUCUUCAGUUGUAGCAUCUGUUAAUAUUAUAUUUUUAGAACAUAUUUGCCAUUUAUUAUUAUGUAUUGAUUCUGAUUCAGAACUACUAGUAGAUUUUGUUCUUGUUUCAUUUGAAAUAUUAUCUUCUUGAUAAAAAUAUAUGUUUUCUUUGAAACGAUUAGAAAUUAAAUUUUCAUCUAUUAAAACUUUAUUUUUAGAUUUAAAUUGGUAAUUUGUAUUUCCAUCUUUCAUAUUAAUAUUUUUAGUGAACUCUGAAGUUGUAUAAAGUUCAAAUCUCCACUUAGCAUCUGCUAUUGCACUAUUAAUAAAAACAAUAUUUUUUU